CGCGCGCGCCUGAGGUACAGUGCCGCGAUGCACCAGGAGAAGGGGCAUAGAAGCAGGUAUUCAGGCGAACUCGCAGGCAGCCUUAAGAAAGCAGGCAGUCGGUAAUAUGGCGGGGGGUAAACGUAAGGGGCCGUGCGAGAGCGUAAAGUGAGUUUUCGCUCGCGGCUGCUUUGCAAUGCCAGGCAGUUGAGGUGAGUCGAGUCGAACAGAGCCUAGCCGAGCUUCUUGGAGUCAGUCUGGUACGUGGCCCCGUCGCAUCCUUCUCGACCGCUGUGGUAUCUUUGUGUGUAUAGCUACCACCUGUCGAAACUGUACGAUCUUAUCGUGCAUCGUCGCAAUUGACCGCCCAAUAUCGAAAUGGCUACGUCCUAAAGUCACGUCUUCCAACUAUCCAGUGAAUCAUCGUGGUUCACCGAUCGCGCGGACAGACGUUUACUUUUCUUGCGUCUCGGCAAUAGCUGGAGUGGAAUCACUCGUACGAUCUUGUUGUUUCUUUCUUUGAACGACGAUGACGCCGCCUCAGAGAUGCGUCGUCUGAGAUUUACGGACUUCUUGGUGCAGUGAUUUUGUGUGUGCGUGACCGAAGCAUCAGCUGGAAAUUUCCCGGACAAUUCAACAGAUUAUUGGCCUCACUGAGGCGGAAGGAGUUAAUCAACGAGGGGUGCCCAUGCCGAGCGUCAGGAAAAAUCAGCUGGAGGGUCUUAGGAGUGCGAGAGGAAAAUUCUCAGAGGGACCAGCCGCGUGGAAUUCAAGGAAAACGUCGAGGUUGUGAGCGCACCGGCACGUUUAAUCUUGAAAAUGUCAUCGAAUACGUGUUCCGUGAUUAUGUCAGGACUGAUUCUACUGGUAUUAGCAGUGGUAUCAUUCAGAGAAGUGCAAGGACACGUCGCCUUGACUUUUCCACAGGCGAGGAAAUAUGACUUGGAUUUUCUGGACAAUGCCAGGACACCUGGUCCAUGUGGAAUGCCUCGUGGCGAUAUUAAAACUACUUUACUGUCUGGGAGUAACUUUAACGUCACGUGGCAUCUGGCUUAUCCUCAUCGAGGUGGAUUUCGACUGCAAAUACUGGAUGCCCUUGACAGACCAUUGAUUGAUCUAACUCCUGUGACAAAAAAUAGCGAGUUCGUAGAAGACGAUGCCACGGCACAGAGUUAUGCCGUACAAUUACCUCAGAAUUUCACGUGUACAGACUGCACGAUUCGGCUUCUCCGAGAAGCUGAAGAAUGGGGCACGAGUUAUAGAUUUUGGUCUUGCGCCGAUAUCAAUAUCAUCGACAGAAAGUCUUACAGAGAGGAUUGCAGCGGUCACGGUCGAUAUCUGGUAGGUCGAUGCAGGUGUGAUCGACUGUAUCACGGUACAAGGUGUGAAUUUAAGGAGGAAUGCCUGGAUGACUCGGAUUGCGGUAUUCAGGGCACGUGCAUUGACAAUGGCGGCACGACCGCACCCACCAAGCACUGCUAUUGCAAUAUUGGUUGGUUUGGACCGGGUUGCGCGAAGAAAUCUCCGAUCAAAACCAUCGACGUAGAAUUGGACGCAUAUACAGUGAAAAAGUUCUCUGACAAUUUUACCUUCUAUUGGCGGAUAUUGAAGGAAAGCAAAGAACUCGAGGGCAUUAUGGUGGUAAAUGGUACCAGCUGGGUUGCUGUUGGAUGGCGACCAAAUGACCUGACACCGAUGUGUCGCGCCUUUCCUGAAAUUCAGGAACGUCCAAAGGAUGAACCGCUUCCACAACCGGAACCAAAAUCAGAGCCGGAACCAGAGUCAGAACCGAAAGCCCUACCCAAACCGGAACCUGAACCUGAACCUGAACCUGAGUCUGGAACUGAAAGGUCAGGUACCAAGAGAAGAUCGGCUAAAGCUCAUGAUGUGACUUCAUUGGCUUCAACUCCUCGAUCUGACGUCGAUGUGACGGUGCAAACUAGUGUGACAUAUCGCGUCAGCACGAAGCAAGGACGCAAAAAGAGAUCACCGGAGUCUACAGGAAUUUCUGUGAAUGGGGAGCCCGUCGCCGAGCCGAGCACUGUCGACAGCACCAACACCACGCCCGAACCCGUAUCAGAACCAAAAUCCGAACCAGAACCUAUAUCCGAGCCCGAACCAAGUUCAGAACCAGAAACCAAAUCCAAACCUGAACCUAGCUCAGAACCAGAACCCAGCUCAGAACCAGAACCCAGCUCAGAAUCAGAGCCAAAAUCUGAACCAGAACCAAGCUCAAGACCAAAAUCAAAAUCUCAAUCAAACUUAACGAACGCUGAACCAAGAACAAAAGCAGAGGCUAUUUUAACUUCUGAGACACAAUAUGAACACAAGUCAAUAUCUUAUCCAGAGCCUAUUUCUCAAGUUAAAUCGAGAUCCCGAAUGGGAUUAAAACCAGAACCAGAGUCCAAUUCUGAACCUGAACCCAAGUCUGAACCAGAACCCAAGUCUGAGCCAGAGCCAAACUCUGAACCAGAACCGAAAUCCGAGCCAGAACCCAGCUCUGAACCCGAACCCAAAUCCGAACCAGAACCGGAGCCGAAAUCUGAACCAGAACCAAAGUCCGAACCGGAACCCAGUUCCGAAACAGAGCCAAAGUCUGAACCGGAACCCAAGUCAGAGCCGGAGACAAAGUCAGAACCAACCUCAGAGCCGGAACCGAUCUUAGGUCUUAAGUCGAGUGCAACGAAAGCUAUCCUACCUGCAGUGCACAAAUACACGCCGAAACACGAUUUCAACCCUAUGGACUGCACAGACAUUAUAAUAGGAUCAGCACGAGGCAACAGUCACAGGAUUGGCGACUAUUACACUAGAGACAGGUCUACGCCAAAGAAAGACGAAUAUUGGGGCGGAAGAGACACUUUGACUGCUGCUAUGGGCUUUGAACGUGAUGGGGUUACGACCAUACUUUUCAGAAGAAAAUUGGUAGCUAAUGAACUAACCGACCACGAAAUUAUUGAUGGUAAUAUGCAAGUGAUAUGGGCUAAAGGACAAGAACCUGGAAAAUAUGUUCAUCACCCACCCAGUGGCAUUGAAAAAGCCAAGGUCAGUGUGAAGGACUUUUAUAAGGCUGAUGAACUUAAGUAUCAUGGUCAUGGAGCACAGAGAGGAACAGUAACUUUUAAUUUCUUUGAUGAAAAAAAGAAACAAGAAAUGGCUGGUGAGAGUGAUGCAUUAGCGCCAACUUCAAAUUGCAGCGGUGAGUGGCAUUAUCCAAGACAUUGCUCUCCUGCAAAUGGUACCUGUGAAUACUCUAUUCAGUGGACUUACAAAGGACGAAAGGAUCAAUUAUCAUUUGUUAUUUCCACUACUAACACGAAUACUUGGACCGGCGUUGGAUUCUCUGAUGACGAAAAAAUGUCGCAAACAGAUGCGGUGUUGGGCUGGGUCGACGAGAAAUCAGGUCGAGCUUUUCUCAUGGAUACUUGGAUCAGCGGAUAUAAUGCUCCGUUGCUUGAUCCAUCUCAAGAUAUCUAUAACACAGGUGGCAGUAAAGUGGAUGGUGUAACGACACUCAAGUUCUCGAGAAAACGGAUAACAAAGGACAAUAGAGAUCUUUCUUUCACGGACGAUCAUUGCUUGUAUAUGAUGUAUCCAGUCAAGGGUGGUAUUUUUAAUGCUGUCAACAAGAAAAUACGUAAACACGAUGCCGUGCCUGUUGUAUCCGCUGAAAGGAUAUGCAUAAAAUCUUGUGGUCUCGAAGAACUCGAGGAUCUUACAACGCCUGCUCCACCAAGGCUGCAUUACACCGUGGAAGUGAAGCUCAUAAAUUUGGGAGACGGUUUUAUGGCACCUACUCCCGGUAGUCCAGAUUUCGAACUUAUUUCAAACAGGAUAUCUGACAGCUUUACUCCACUUCUUGACAAAUUACCAGGCUAUUAUCAAAUUCGUCUCAGUGAAUUACAAAAGAAUGAUGAGCAAAACGGUGUUAUUGCCCGCAUGGAUCUGAUCUUAGACAAAAACGAAGUAAAAGGCAGAUCACUGAAACCUAUAGAUACCGGUGCAGCUGCGGAAAAGGCAUUAAAAGAAGCUCUUGUCACAGGCAAAGUCGGUGCAUUAAGUGUGGAUCCACAGUAUUUGAUCAUUAGAGCUCCUCGAGUAAAUGACUUAGAUGGAGGAGAUGCGGAUGAAGAAACGUCAUUUACGUCGGAUCUGUUCCUCGACGCAACGAAGCUAUAUAUUGUUGUCGGAUGCGUUGCUGCCUUACUUGCUCUUGCUCUACUACAAGCAAGCUGUACUCUUUACAGAUCAUCGAGGAGACGAGCGACGAAGGAUCGUCUGAUCGCCAGUAACGCUUGGAAGGACUACGCCUCAGGUGCAAACACAAAUUUUGCUUUCGAGGCUUUCGAGACAGAGGAGAAAGCUCCGCCACCACCAGUUUCCAGUCUACCUCGUCACAGAGAGAUGACUGCAAACGGACUCGGUACUGAUACUGUAGAGGGUCCAAAUAGGAUAGUAGGACCACGAGCAACGUACAGUUUGCCGCGUGCACCGGGUUCGAGGCACACAGCCGCCAUCCAACCUGGUUACUAUACCCAAGAUCGCAGGGAACAUUAUCAGCGAUCAAAGAACAAUAUACAUAAUCCGGCAGGCGGUGGCGUAUCCACACAACCGAAUCAACCUGACUUUUAUUUCAUGCCCAGUCAGCGUAAAUACAGUGGUGAAGUCGUGCGCGUGUAUGUGGAUUACGGAAGUCAGGCGCCAAAGUAAGGAAGCAUAUUGGGAAUUGGGAUUCCAACGAACGAUAAGAAAAAUCAGCGUCAAUGACUGUGCUGCCCUCUUCUCAGCUUUCCCUCGAUCAUGAACCCAAAGCGGACAAUUAAAUAUACUUCGCUUCAGUGAAGCGAUACUGUACAUAAAACACGUUUAGUGGACCUGGAGGAAACGAGACUUCGAAACGAGCCCUUCCUCCGGUGCUUUUCUCAUUAUCUCCUUCUUCUGUCCUUUUUUUAUUUGACGGUUCUUUCUACUAUUUUUUUCUUUCCCGUUUUUGCUCGAUCGCUUGCGAGCAUCGAUCGGGGGCAACACGCGCGGUUUCGUCUAACUGAAUUACGCAGAAGUAGCGCUUACGACCAAAGAGUUAUCGAUAAGGCGCGCUCAAUGCGCGGUUCUGUACAAAAGCGCGUGGAGAAAUACACAGCACAAAUAUCACUGUAACUCUCGAUGCGUGACAAGAUACGCUUGGAUCGUGUCCGGUGUCCGGAGUCCGGACCCCGUAACCCGUGCGUUAUUACAGCAAUAUUUUAUAUGUACUUACGAGCAAGCAUGGAUGUUUGAGCAAUAAAAUGUUUGUACAUUCUUUUUUAAUCGAAUACACGCUUCUCUUCUCAAGGAUAAAAUUUCGUCGAAGUACCUCAUUUUGAAAGAACAAACAGGAACAGAAUUUUGUUUGUCACGUUCAGCUGUGAAAUUGACAAUGUUUUUUUCAUUAUCUCUGUUGUUUAGUUAUUUUAUGAAAUAGAGUUGUGAUUGAAGUUUGGACUUUCUUCUUAAAGAUAAAAUUCCUUCUGUAAAAUGCAAUCGAAUGUGUUCUAAAACAAAAGCGGGGCAGAUGUGAUACAGAUGUAUAUAUCAUCAUCCAUAAAACGUCAAAGUGAAAACGUUCUACGAAUGACUUUUAAUUUAUGACUCGCAUAAUGAAAUAUUAAAAAUAUUAGGUAAACGAAAA